AUGGCAUCACACUUCGAAGACUAUUUCAGAGCAUAUCCGGUAGUAAUGAUGCCGGAUCUUUCAAGAAAGGAUGCUGCUAAUUACGGUGGCAAAAUAUUCCUGCCUCCAUCGGCAUUGAACAAAUUGACCAUGCUAAACAUCAGAUACCCUAUGUUGUUUGAACUGACAAGCGAGGAAUCAGGCAAAUCAACCCAUAGUGGAGUGCUAGAGUUCACAGCGGAAGAGGGAAGAUGUUAUCUUCCACAAUGGAUGAUGAGCACGUUGUCUAUCGAACCAGGAUCACUUUUGAAGAUCAGCAACUGCGACUUACCGCUUGGCACCUACACCAAGAUCGAGCCCCAGUCGCAAGAUUUUCUCGAGAUAUCCGACCCCAAGGCGGUCUUAGAAAGCGUUCUGCGGAAUUUUACUACGCUCACGGUGAAUGACAUUAUAGAAAUAAGCUACAACGAUCACAUUUAUGCUAUCAAGGUUCUGGAAUUGAAGCCCGACCAGCCUUCUACCCACAGUGUUUGUGUCAUUGAAACCGAUCUUGUUACUGAGUUUGCUCCGCCAGUCGGAUAUGUGGAGCCAGACUACAAGGCAAUGGCCCAGGAAAGACAGAAGGUGAAUAAGAAAAAUGCUUUGGAAACCACUCCGGCCUUGCAGGGCCAAGGUUCCAUGGCCCGUCAGAUAAACUAUGGUGAUAUACUACGAGAAGCGGCUCAACAGGCCACCAACUUUGGCGGAAAGGGUGCGAAAUUGUCAGGAAAAGAAGUUCCCGUGGCCGUUGUUGAAGAGACCGCAAAAAUCGAUCUAUCGGGCCCUCCUGUUCCGCUGAGACUACCUGAGGGCCAGUUGUUUUUUGGAUUUCCAGUUGUGCCAGUGGCCGCUGAGGAUGAAGACGAAGAGACUAACUCGACAACAAAGAAGGUGUUUGAAGGCCAGGGCCAGACGUUGAGGGCGAGCAGGAAGAGGAAAGACAAGAACAUGAACCACCCUGCAUUGAAAGAUAAAGCCAGGAGUCCAGAGUUUAUAGAGAUUGAUUAG